AUGCACUUAGCAAACUUUGUCAAAAUCUGCUUGAGUCCCACUAAUCUGCUCCUCGUGACCAUCUUCGGCCAGACUGUCAUCAUGGGUUUUGCAUGGGGCUUCGCUGGAGAAAUAUUGUUCACAGGGAUUCUCGCACUACCUGAUCAUAUCGUUCAGCUGAUCUUGGAGUACCCGACCGUGCUGACCUUGAUAGUUAUGCUGAUCUCAACUACCUUGUCCAUCAUUACUUCGAUGUUCUUGACAUUUGCCAUCAAAGAAGCGUUUCGGCACCACCUCUCGGGGCCGAUGACACUCCUCAAGCUUCGCAUUGCAAUAGCGUUGAGCAAGUCGACCUGGGUACUCAAAUCGCGAUGGAGAUUUCUCAAGCUGUCGGCCCUCACGUUGGUGGUUUAUGCGAUGGUUACAUUUCUGAACACGAGUUGGGACACUUUACUCCUCCCCACCCUUGUCCAAUGGCCUGUGGCAAUAUUCGGAAUGGAGCUAGAUCUAGGAUCUGCUGCAUUUGUAAACCAGUUGGGUACGGACCUCAAUGCCCAGGAAGCGAACACUGUACAAGCACCUGGGUUUCAAACCAUCAACGUCUUGACUCUCCUCAGUGGUAUUGCUGCGGUUGAAGAUCAAGGUGGUGUGCAAACGAGUAGUAUAUUCAGCUUCAAUGGAGUUUCAUACAAUCAGUCGACUGGUGGAGUUCUUCCUGCGAUAGAGGAGUACUCUGGAUCAUCAAACCCAUCGGGUUCUGACGUUGACCUGGCGUUCUCUGGGGGACAAGUACCGGUUAAUACCACUUUUGACUGGGGGCACGCACGCGAUGUAGGCACUCAAGGCAUUGCGAAAAACUACACUGUUACACAGCAGGGUGUCACAGCAAAUGUUACAUGCCAGCCGAUCGACCGCAGUCAAAAUACAUUUAUUGUCCAACCGAAUGUGACACAAGGACCACUGAACUUGACGUUUUUCACGUGGGAAGCCGUUGUGAAUUGUUCCGGAAGUUUAAAUACACAGCUCUACUUCACCGCUGGCAACGCGAGCGGUCAGAUGGACAAUGCAACCCAGGGAUUUCUCCCCGUUGUUGUAUGUCCCUACCCAAACUCCCCGACAUUUAAUCCAUAUAAGUUUGAUGUUUUUAUGUCUGGCUUGUACAAGUACAGCUUUCUGCCCACGAUCGUUUGCGAGGUUGUUCCCUACCUGACCACAGUCAACGUCACCUAUAAUAGAGGCAUCGUAUCCGUCGAUCGGAUUGGUACAUCUUCUGGUUUAACAAGCAGUCCAAAUCUUCCUCUCUCUCAGUACAUCGCAACUGUGAUUGCUUAUCAAUCGGGGACAAACCAAGGCAUGACUUCGAAUACAAUUGGUGACUUUUUGACCUCGUACGGUACCAGCAAUGUAUCAGUUGUGUACAGCGAACUGGAAGAUUACUGGCGCGGUAUUACAGAGUUCGCCUCCACUCAACUUCGAUCCGGAUACUCUGCUUCGGGAGUUCCAUCGAAUAUGGCAAGGUCGACGAACGGCACGAUGUAUAUCACAACGUACGGCUGGCGAAGCCAAUCCUACACCCUCAUCCGAGAAACAAUCCAUCCCUGCGAUCCAUCUUUCGACUUUUCUGAUCCCAUUCAUCUUAUCAUCGCGGCAUCUGGCGGAAGACUUGAAUCACAGCUUCACGACGCUGAUGGAAAUGAAGUAGACAAUAGCGAGGACAUUACCGUUCGCUUUGAAGAUGUACCGGAUAAAGUGGGAAGGAGAAUGAGCAAGAGAAUGGUCCCUGUGGUUUAG